AUGCGUCCAAACGCCAAGGGACGAGCUCUCGCGGGGGCCGUAACGCUCAAAGAGCAUCUUCAUGGAUUUCCGCGUGCUCACCAAGAACUCAUGAAAGCUGAGGCCGAAAAUAUGCAACAUGAACUGCAAAAGGCGCAGGCGGAGUGUGAUCUGGCGGAUCAAGAGGUUAAGAGCUGUGACGAAGAAUACAAGUCUCUCCAGCAAGGCUCACAUGCUGCAACAAGCCGCUACAGCAUGCUCAAAGAAUGGCUAGAGCCAGUCCUCUUGGUGAACCAGACGCAGAUACAGGCAGAAGCGUCGGCGUCUAUGCUCCCCGACCCAGGACUUCAAGGUGCGAUGGAAGCUGUAUCCACGAUGGCACAGAAAACAUUGGAGAAAUACGAGGGCGAAAUCUCAGGCGAAAGGACCAUUGCUUGCGUGUCUGAGGUGCUCGAUCGAGCUCGAGCGGCCCGAACGAGACAGAAUGAAGCGCAUGUGGCGUUAAAGGAGGCUCAAAAGAAUGUGGACCAUAUCAACUCUCGUUUAGAGCUAGAGACACAAAGGGUCGUGGUUGAGAAGAUGUUGCACGGCGCAAUCAGCAUGCUAGAUUUAAAUCGACCUGGGUGA